GUAAGAAGGGAAGUCAAAGCCAAACCAACAAUGGGCAGUAUCGCCGAAGCCUCUGCCGACCAACCGACCGCUGGCCUCUGCGCGGUGGUGACCGGUGCCAACAAAGGCAUUGGCCUUGCCAUCGUCUGCCAUCUUGCCGAGCGCGGUGUCACCGUCGUCCUCACAGCUCGCGACGAAUCCCGCGGCACCGCCGCCAUCCGCUAUCUCCACUCCGUCGGCUUCACCAACGUCCUAUUCCAUCAGCUUGACGUCCGCGACCCCCUCAGCGCAGCCUCCCUAGCCCGAUUCCUCGCCGGUCGCUUCGGCAAGCUCGACAUCCUAGUUAACAACGCAGGGGCUUCGGGUGUCAUCGUCAACGUCGAGGGCCUUAAAGCCCUUAACAUCGAUCCCGCCUCUUGGCUGUCGGGCAAGGCGACAAAUCAAGUGCAAGGAGUGAUCGAGCACACGUACGAGAAUGCAGUUGUAUGUGUCGACACCAACUACUUCGGCAGCAAGAGAGUGACGGAGGCCUUACUCCCCCUCCUCCGCCUCUCAACCUCCGGAGCCAGAAUCGUCAAUGUCUCCUCUUUGAGAUCAGAGCUCAGGCAGAGGAUUCCGGACGAGGGGAUCCGAGCGGAACUGUCGGAUGUGGAGAACCUGGAAGAGGAGGGAAUCGAGAAGGUUUUGGGGAGAUUUCUGGAGGAUUUGAAGGAGGGAAGGUUAGAAGCGGGUGGGUGGCCGAUGAUGCUGCCGGCGUACAGCAUGUCGAAGGUGGCUUUGAACGCUUACACGCGAGUGAUGGCGAAGAGGUGCCCGGAGAUGCGGAUAAACUGCGUGCAUCCGGGAUUUGUGAAGACAGAUAUCAACUGGAACACUGGAGUGGAAACAACAGAGGAGGGUGCUAGAGGGCCGGUAAUGCUUGCUUUGUUGCCGGUCAGCGGGCCUUCCGGCCACUACUUUGAUAAGACCACCAUGGCCGAGUUCUGAGAUUGUUUU